UAUCUUUAUCUGUUAUCUGAAGGUAAUACGCUGAAAAUCGUGCACGGACGAGUUUGACUCGUUUUACUAAAGACCUGACCUCUGAAUUGAGGUUAACUUAAACAGGCCUGCGUAUUAUCACAGAGAACAGAGAGAGUGACUAGAUACAACGAACAUUGCUUUCCCAGUCGGCGAUAAGUUUUAUGCCCAGCAGGAGAAUUAGAGGGAGGUGGCACACGAGAUUCAACCAGGAGACUGGAUCUGGAUCCAAUCAUUGAAGAAAAAAACUGGAAGCAGCCUCGGUGGGAGGGACCAUUCCAAGUACUACUGGUGACUGCCUUCGCGGUGAGAAUAGCCGAAAGAGCUACCUGGGUACAUGUCACACAUUGUAAGAGGGUGGGUCACACUGGCACUGUCGAGCGAUCACAGGAGAAGGAGAGGAACCGUGACCCAUAUGGAACGGGGGUCAAACUCCUUCUGAAGAUUCCCUAUACCUGACCUUUCCCCAGCUGUGAGCGUUCAUAGAAGUGAAGUGAUGGCUUGGCCUCUGGCUGCUGAUAUGUUCUCGGGGAGAGGGUGGGGCUUCACGUGUGCACUGACCGUCCUGAGCUGUUUUAUUGUGGGGGCCAUAUUCCUGAUUCACCAUGAUCCCCCGGAAAGUGCCAAAGAGGAUAAUUUGACUCAUGUGCUAGAUGAGGGAAAUGGGAUGUUACCUAAGAUUCUCAGAAGGUCACUGAAACAAAAUAGUAAGGAAGUGAGGGUGGAAUUGGGCAAGGAUCUCUCAGUAGAAUUUUGUGUAGAUCAAUUGGGGUCAUUCACCCCUUGGCAGUCUAGAACCAUGGGACUCUAUGGGAAGUAUUUGUGUAAAUCACCGUAUAAGUCGUGGAGCCAGGUCAUAGCUCACACUGAAAGAGAUGGCUACGUAAACCCAUACACUCAAUUUGGGACCAGGUGGAGUAUAGUAACGGUUGUCGUUUUGGACUGUGUUCCCGAACAGAGGAAGUAUUGUAUAAAGGUGCGAAUUAACAUUAAGGCGGUCAAUACUCAGGAUCUCGGGUUAUGGUAUGUGGGCUUCGACCAGUUUUCAACUGACACUAUGGUACCGUUCCAGGUGGCAGAAGUUAGAGUUGAUAAGGAGAAUAUGAUUGGCCGAAGUUCAACCAAUCCCUCUAACACAACGGCUAUUCCUAGUGUAAUCAUCCAGGGUAAAGGAGCAGUACGAAUAGUUCAGACCAAGGACCUUAAAGAAGUUAUAGAGGUGGAGACUGGUUUUGGGGAGUCCAACUUAUGGUUGGAAUGGAUUCAAUAUACGGCCAGAUCAGUGGCCAAAGAAGAAUGCUACGCAUGUGCGAACGCUAAGCCACAGUUAACAACUAUCCCUUUCCCACUGAACGGAAUUAAUUCCCCUAAGGGAAUGGCAUGUAUGGUAAAGCUGUUCAUGAAAGCAGGAAUGCCAAGUAAUGAUAGCUGUAUUGAUUUACACUAUUUAUAUCCCCAGGUUCCAUUUAAAUCAAGACUUCCUCCCUUUACCGUGACGAGAGGAGAAUAUUACUGAUUGGCCAGAUACAGUACACACGGGAAAUACGUGGGGGAAGUUGGUACCUGCAAUAAGACAGAGAAUAUUACCACUGACGAGACCAUGUCUGAUUUGACAGGCUGGUUGAACUCUGGAGAUUUCAAAAUGUUGAAGGUGGCCAGGGCUGACAUCUGGUGGUUGUGCGGGGGAAUGAAUUUGUGGCCGGUAUUACCGACUGAUUGGACUGGACUAUGCGCUCUAGUACAUUUAGGAAUGCCUUUUACACUCAUACAACACCAAGACAUGAAGUUAGUCAAACGAGAGAGAAGGGAUGCUCCAUCUGGGUCUUUUGACGACAGAGUAUAUAUUGAUAACAUUGGGGUUCCACGAGGUGUGUCUUUAUAGUUAUGGUAAUCAACAGCGCUUUAGCAGGAAUACCAAAGGUGUUGUUAAAGGUUUUGUAGAACAGACUGAAGCAACCAGCUGGAAGACCUGACAGAAUAGAAUUGCAUUAGAUUAAAGGAGGAAGUGGGCGUGGUAAUCAGGACCAUGUCUUACAUCCCGGGU